AUGCCUACCUACAAGUUGACCUACUUUGAUGUUCGUGGAUACGCCGAACCAGCUCGUAUUCUUUUCCAUCUGGCUGGAGUUCCAUUCGAGGAUAAACGUAUCACUCACGGAGACGGAACAUGGGAGAAGCUCAAAGACAAGACUCCAUUCGGACAAGUUCCAGUCCUUUCUGUCGAUGGAUUCGAUAUUCCACAAUCUGCUGCCAUCGUCCGUUACCUUGCCAUCAAGUUUGGAUACGCUGGAAAGACUCCAGAAGAGCAAGCAUGGGCUGAUGCUAUCGUCGACCAAUUCAAGGACUUCAUGGCAUCGUUCAGACAACUCAUCAUGGCUCAACGCGGUGGAAAAUCUGCUGAGGAGAUUGCCAAGAUCUCUUCGGAAGUUGCCAUUCCAGCAAGAGAUUCGUACUUCAAGAUCAUAAAUGGUCUUCUGGAGAAGAGCAAGUCAGGAUAUCUCGUUGGAAAUAGUCUCACUUUUGCUGAUCUCGUUGUCGUUGAGAACAUUACCACUCUCGAGAAGAAUCAAUUCUUCACCGCAUCCGAACAUCCAAAAUUGGUUGCGCUCCGCGAGAAGGUCUAUGCCAUUCCAGCUAUCAAGAACUGGGUUGCUACCCGCCCUGAUACUCAAUUCUAA